UAUUAUUGACUAAUGACUAUGCACAAGUUACAUGUAGCUUCUGCGACAACUGAUCAAACACGAAAAAUGUGUAUCGGUGGACAGAUCGAGAUCAGUAUUUAUCGAGAUGGUCUAUUCUCGCCUCAGUUCUCUUCAGUAUUCGCACUUGUUCAGAACGAUGUUCCGAACCACUAUCGUAUUAACAGUAACUAUUCUUCACUUUGCUUCCAGCCACAACGUUCCUCCAUGGAAUGGAUGCUACGCUGUUGGAUGCUUAACGCAGGAAGGCUGCUCUCCUUGGAACUUCUAUCAAUAUCGAUGCUACCGUACCUGCUACUACAACCGGUAUUGUCCACCUUCACCCCCACCCCAACCGAGAAAGAAAUGCUACAAGAUUACUCACGAGGCCACCGGAAAGUCGUUGGCAUCCAGUGAAGUGUUCAAUGACACAACAAAAAUGAAAUAUGCAACAGUUUCCAGCAAUCCACCCGGCAACUACCUGUGGACAAUGGAACCUUCUUACGGAGGCGUUUACUACAUCCAAAAUUUUAACAAGCUCGAGUUUCUGAAAGCGGAUGCCAACGGAACGUACCUAGUGCUCAAUGAACCUCUCGAUCGUUCUUUCCAAUUUCGUCCGAUCAAUACCAAAGAAGGAGCAUCGAUGAUGCAGCUACAGGCGGCAUUGAACAACGGUUUCCUAUUUGUCCAUACACUUGGUCAAGGCGGUAGCACUGUUCAAAUCACCACCGAUCCAUUCACCAACUAUUACCAAACGAUCUGGCGGAUUAUAGAACUUUAUUGUUGAAAUACAUGUAUGUGUGUACCCUGAAUCUUCAAA